ACAGAAUUGGAGCCAUCCGUUCAUCUACCAACAGAAAAACCAACAAGCAGCCCCAGCCCCCAGCACUUCCAGCUGAAUUUCACUGUCACCAACUUGCCCUACUCCCAGGACAUGGCCCAGCCAGGCUCCACCCAGUACCAGCAGAACAGGAGGAGCAUCGAGGCUGCGCUCAACCAGCUCUUCCAAAACAGCAGCAUUAAAACUUAUUUUUCUGACUGUGAGGUUUCAGCAUUCAGGCCUGUCCCCUCUACCAGCCACACUGGGGUGGGCUCCCUGUGUACAUUCUCCCCACUGGCUCGGAGGCUGGACAGAGUUGCCAUCUAUGAGGAAUUCCUGUGGCUGACCCAGAAUGGCAGUCGGCUGCGGAACUUCACCCUGGACAGGGACAGCAUCCUCGUGGAUGGGUAUUCUCCCAACAGACAUGAGGCCUUGUCCGAGAAUUCUGACCUCCCCUUCUGGGCCAUCAUCCUCAUCUGCUUGGCAGGACUCCUGGGAUUCAUCACGUGCCUCAUCUGCUGCUUCCUGGUCACCGUCUUCCUGCGGAAGAAGGAGGGAGAUUACAAGGUUCAGCAGCAACGCCUGGGCUACUACCUGCCACACCUGGACUUCAGGUAGCUGCAGAGACCAGCUCAGUUGGAGGCCCCCUGCAUCCUGCCAGGGUCCAGAGGAGCUCAGUUGGAACAGAAAUAAACCACACUGGU